CAUGACAGAACUUAAUCAAAUUUAAUAUCAAAGCAGAUGUUUUUACAUUUUAUAAGUUGACAGAUUGUAAGAGAGAUUAUCCAACUUAAUUUCAAAGAUGAAAGUUGAGAUUUCUGCUAAAGAAAUCAUCAAACCAUCUUCUUCAACCCCAGAAAACUUGAGAAAUUUCAAGCUAUCCCUCUUGGAUCAGCUUGCGCCUCCAACUUAUGAACCUUUACUUCUCUUCUACUUCUCCAACAGUGACACAGGUUUCCAUUUUUGCUUAAAAAAAUCACUCUCUGAUACCUUGACUCGAUUUUUCCCACUUGCAGGAAGACUCAAGGAUAACAUCACGGUUGAUUGUAGCGACUAUGGAGUUGUUUAUCUCGAAGCUCGAGUGGACUGCCUUCUGUCAGACUUUCUCCAACAACCCAACGCGGAUACGCUUAAAGAAUUCCUUCCUGUUGAGGACGAAUCCAUAGAUGCCGCAGGCGGGGAGGCUUUACUGCUUGUUCAAUCAAGUUUUUUCAGUUGUGGUGGAGUUGCAAUUGGGGUUUGUCUUUCUCACAAGUUUGGCGAUGCAGCCACGCUAAGCACGUUCAUCAAGAGCUGGGCCGCCACGAGUCUCGGCUCUGGGGAAACAGUGCAGCAGCCAUUGUAUAAUGGGUCGUCGUUAUUUCCACCCAGGGCUUUCUCUGAAGGCGUUAUACCACCACCGACUCUGCUUAACUUCACCAAAGGCAAGUGUGUUGUUAAAAGGUUCGUUUUCGCUGCGCCAAAAAUCGCUGCUCUUAAGUCUAUAGCCGCCAGCGCAAGCGUGCAGCAACCUACGCGCGUUGAAGCUGUAACAGCCCUCAUUUGGAAAAGUGCCAUGAAUGCAUCAAGAACGAAUCUGGGCUUUUCAAAGCUCUCUUUGCUAUCACAAUCUGUGAAUAUACGAAGAACGACAGAACCACCGUUGCCUGAAAACUCAAUCGGGAACCUUUUAUGGUACUUUCCGGCACAGAAAGACGAAAGCGAUGCAGAACUACAAGGGUUGGUUCAAGAAUUAAGGACUGGAAAACAAGAUUUUGGCAAGAAAUAUGUGAAGAAACUUCAAAGUAAGGAUGCAUAUGAGGAGGUUACGGAGUCGUUGAAAGAGGAAUUAUGCAUGCUUAUAAGCAACGACAUAGAAUUUUACAAUUGCACCAGCCUGUGUGAUUUUUAUUUUUAUGAUAUUGAUUUCGGGUGGGGAAAGCCGACUUGGGUGACUAAUAUUUCUGGGCGGUCACUCAAGAACGUUGUGAGGUUGAUGGAUGCAAAAGGAGGAGAUGGAGGAAUAGAGGCGUGGGUGACUCUGGAAGAACAAGAUAUGACCUUAUUUGAAGAAGACAAGGAGCUGCUUGCUUAUGCUUCUUUGAACCCAAGGGUGUUGAACAUUACAGCCAUGGAUUCGUUAAAAUCUUGUCUUUAGAUUUAGCGGAGCUCUGUCAGUCUAUUGCCUGAUUUGGGGGCGGCUUGAAAGUAAGUCAAUGGCUACCUUUGCACUUUCACUAUACAGUUUCUUCUUCUUUUUUGUCUGUUUUUAUUUGAGAGGGGCCUGAGCCCGACAGGAUGGGAAUUGUUAAGUGGAAGGGAUAUCUAUCUAUUACAGCAACCCCUCAGAGGUGUGGAUUUCAGCGGAAUUGAACUUAAAUAAGAGUUAGUUUGAGUUUGGGUUUAA